UUGGGUAGCCUUAUAGUCAAGCAAUCUUUGUGCGUUGCCAACAAGCAGUUUUCUUGGUACGGAUCAACUGUCAACUUUAUCGCGGGCGCUAUAUUCCUAAGCACUCCGCACCGGUACGGCGACAAAAUAACAAAUCUAUUAGUUAACCGUGAAGCCUGUUUAACCCACGCGCUAAUAGAAACAAUAAUCGGUCUUAAUCUCGACUAUUUUAAGACCUGUCUCUUUACUAAAAGUACGGGUAGUGAAGGUCUGCUAGGACUGAACAAGUUUAUUAACAAGUCUUUAGUUAACUCUAUUAAUCUUGUUGCGUUACGGUUCAAGGAACAGCCUCCCGAGAAGUCAUUAAAACUUGCUAAGGGUAGUAGAUAA